AUGGCUAUGGUUUUAUAUUUGCAGACUUUACGAUUUCCCAAGGGACCAACAGAGCUAAAUUCAUGUCGUUGGUUACUGUGGUCCAAUCGUUCCUUAACCACUGAUCGAAUUCAACUAAUUGACGCAAAUCGAACGCAAUGAUUGAAAUUGACGCUGUAGACAUUGCUGUUUUACGUUACAUGAGCUACUAAGUGUGCUUGUAUUGAACAGUGAGUUUUAUGGAACUGUUAUGUAAGGCAUAACACUAGAUGGAGAUGAAUUGUCAGCUGUAUGCUCCAGCCACUUUACAGUGCCACUCAGCAUAGCAGCUUAGAAAAUAUCAUUACUGAGAAGAACGGAUUGCAGUUAAUAUCAAGAAGGGAAGGUAAAGACCAUUAACAAGGUCAGACUGAAGUACAUGCAUAUAAUCAAAAGAGUUCAUAUUGAAAUACUGUACCCCAUAGUAUUAAAUUGAGUGAGAUUGAUGAGUCAGUCAAUGAAUGUGGACAAGUUAUGGAGAUUUGAAGUGCAGGAGCAACAAGCCUAAUUUGUUGCAAUAGUAAAAUUAAUAGAUCAGGUUUCAGUAUGAUGGUGUUCGCAAAGAGUAUAGAAAGGUUUGUUGACAAUAUCAAGGAAAAUCAAAGAGGCAGUCACUGCAAGAUUGGAAUUUUACUAUAAUUCAAAUACAUUUUUUUCAUUCAGAUACCUCUUCACACACAUAUUUGCAUAAUAUAAAGAUAUCACAGUCUUUUAUAGUUGUUUGUAGAUGUGUUGUUGAGGACUGUUGUAAUGUUUUGAGAAGUAUACCAGUUUUAGAACACAGUUUAUGCUAUGUUCUGUUGCUUCCACAUCUGUUUAAUUUAUUGUUCCAACAUGUGUGUAUUAUAAUAUUCUGAAUAUGGAAGUAUUGAAGAUUAUUAACAUUUGGAAUAUUUAUAUCAGUGAGUCUCUUUUAUUUGUUUAUGAAGGAGGACAGUGCCCAGUUGAUUAUUAACAAUGGUUAUAUCAGUUAUGGUGUUUCUUCUAGUGAAAUUUAUUGUUAGAAACAAAUGGUAUAGUAAUUACAAUUACGAGGAGCAGAAUAAUUCUUGAGACAUUCAUAGUCAUUCAGCUGAUCAACAAAUUCCCUCUCAUUUAUGGUACCCAGAAGUUCAUUACUGUCAUUAGACCAUGGCCUGAACCAUUUGAAUACAGUUCACAUCCUCACUCUUUAUUUCAGUUUAAGAUCCAAAUUUCUCCUCUCACCUAUGAAUAGGUCUCCUAUGUUGUUUCUUAUCUUCAAGUUUUCCAGCUAAAAAAAUUUGUAUACAUAUUUUAUCUCCCCAGUAUGUGCUGUGUCCACUAAUCAUCUCACCAUCAAUUUGAUAUUAUGAUACAUACUUCAUGAAGAGUACAAAGUAUGAAGCUCCUCAGUCAUGUUGGUGCCACCUGGUUACGCUGACUAUGCCAGUUACUUCUCUGAUGCCCUGAGCUUCUUGAGAGACUAUAGCUGGGUGUACAAUUUCCCUGUCACAGAGUUACUGGUACGGGAUGUAUUCAAGCAGAUUCCUGCGGACUGGUUACCUGCUCUGCUCAGCCUUACCAACCAACAACUUAACAUCCUACCACAGGGCUUUGUGAUGGAUGACUGGCCUCCAUCUCUUAUUCGCUUCUGCCAUCGAUGCCAUACACUCAAGAUUCCUAUACAACGAGUUAUAAAACCUGUACCAGAGCUCCCAGAUAAAAUAUGUAGGCGGCUGACACCCAAGAAGCAGCAUGAGGUGAUGAACCUGGCAGCUUUGAUCAGUGCAGAGUGUCAUAAUUAUGGGAUCAGCCAAGUGCUCGAUGUGGGAGCUGGUCUGGGUUAUCUGGGCCAGCUGCUUCACUACUGGUAUGGCUACCACAUUCUUGGGCUGGAGGUGGACACUGAACGUGUGAAGACAGCAUCUCGUAAUCAGUCAGACCUGUGUCCGUCACCAGCAGUAAAGUAUGUCACUUGCAGCAUCUCACCAGAAUCAUAUCACUCUAUUGAAAGUGAAAUACAAGACUUCAUGAAUGACAAUGUUUGCAACUGUGGUCUUUCAGAGGUAUGUUCUUAUGAGUGCGGUGUUUUGAACAGGAAGCUUUCACUGGAAUUGUGCACUGGUGGUUGUGAACAGCAUUCUGUAGAGAAGUCUUAUUAUCAUUCUGAUGAGGUAAAUGGAAGUGCUCAUGUGUAUUCAGGAGAAUGUAAUAAUGAAGGGAGAAUGCUCUCCCAACCUGUGUCUUCAGACAGUGGUUUAUUUGGUGCAAGCAAUACCUCACUGUGUAUGACUGGUCUACACACAUGUGGGGAUCUGACUGUGGAUGCUAUUCGAAUUUUCUUUCAAUUAGUCUCUGUUAAGCUUUUGGUUUUGGUUCCUUGCUGCUACCACAAGAUGAGUUUGGCCAAGGACACAGCUGUGAUAGAUGGAAAGUUCUCUAACUUCCCAUUAAGUUCAUCAUUGUGCCAUCUCAUUCAUUCAGCUGCGUUCUGCGAUUCUCCAUCCUUCCUGUGCCGUCCAUUUCUGAGACUCGCAUCUCAAGAGACUGCAGCCAGGUGGCAGCAGUGGUCAGAAGAAGACCACAAAGAGCACAGUCUCCAAGUGAUGGCACGUGCUGUACUGCAACUCUAUGCCCACAAUGAGGAUUUAGUUCUAAAGAAGAAAUGUCGGCGUGGUGUCAGAAAGACCAACCGUUCAACAUUUGAGAGCUUUAUGGAUGAUGCUUUGAAGCGAUACAAAUUUAUUGCCAACACAAAUACAAGUCACUGUGAUAGUUCAACAAUUUUUUUCCAAGUGGCAGAGCUGUGGCAGCACCAUGAAGCAUCAUGCCAUCUGGCUGAAAUUGUGACAGCACUCCAGAUGACUGUUCAGGGUGUUGCCGAGAGCUUCAUAUUGGCAGACCGAGCUGCAUAUUUACAGGAACAUGCAGUGUCAUCUGUGGAGAUAGUCAAAGUAAUGGAUGAUGGCAUGUCACCACGAUGCUUUGCUCUGGUAGCCAGAAAAUAAAGACAUACAUGUCAGUGUUCAAGACCCCCAAAUUGAUCAUUUUAAAAAGGUUUUUUACAGCAGCAAUGGUGAAAUGUCAUGGUGGUAAAUGGAAAAUGUGUUUGCUUAUCUUUUAUGAAAGGUGUUCUUAACUGGUAUUAGAAUUAUUUUAUUGCAAGAAACAUAAUCUAUAGUUUUAUAUAUGUACAAGUUUUAUUUCAGGCUUUGUUCUAAACAAGUUGAAAAAUGAAAAUGAGAGCAUGCACCAAUUUGUAGUAAUAUAGAGUAUUGUUCACGGAUGAGGCAUCAUUCACCAGAGAUGGCUUCUUCAAUUGCCAUAACAGUCAUGUUUGGGCUGAACAGAACCCCCAUGCUACCAUUGCUCGCAACCACCAAGAGAGGUUUGCAGUGAAUGUAUGGGCAGGUAUCAUCGGUGAUAACUUGAUCGGACCUUACCUCCUGCCACAUUUGAAUGGACACAUUUACAGAAUCUUUCUGGAAUAAACUGUACCGGAGCUGUUACAAGAUGUGCCACUUAUCGUGCGUCAGCAAGUGUGGAUGCAACAGGAUGGAGCGCCAGCACACUUUACUCUUGACGUGCGGGAAUUUCUGAAUCGCACGUAUCCCGGGCGUUGGAUAGGGAGAGGAGGGCCAGUUGAAUGGCCAGCCCGCUCCCCAGACUUGACAUAUCUCAAUUACUACUUUUGGGGACAUGUCAAGAGCCUCUUUUAUGAGACACCAGUGGACGACCCAGAACAACUUUUGGCCAGAAUACUUGCUGCAUCUGACGUGGUCCAUGAGACUCCUGGGGUAUUUGAAGGGGUGCGCCAAAGUUUUGUUCACCGCUGCAAUGCCUGCAUUGAAUGUGGAGGAUGCCACUUUGAACACCUGUUGUAAAUUUGGUUUGUAAGAUUGCUAAUGUAAUCCUUGUACAUUAAUAAAACAUUGACAGUGGAACCACGGUUCCGGAGACUUUGACGUAAAUACGUCUAUACGGAAA